AGUAUAGUGGCGCAGCCGCGGAGGUGAAGAUGGUGCUCAUCAAAGAAUACCACAUUGUUUUGCCAUGCACUGUUGAAGAGUAUCAAGUAGGGCAGCUGUACUCUGUGGCAGAAGCCAGCAAGAAUGAGACCGGCGGAGGAGAGGGCAUAGAGAUAUUGAAGAAUGAGCCCUAUGAAAAGGCUGGCGAGAAAGGACAGUACACGCACAAAAUAUACCAUCUCAAAAGCAAAGUACCAGGCUUUGUAAAGGUGAUUGCUCCUGAAGGCUCACUUGUGUUCCAUGAAAAGGCCUGGAAUGCCUACCCUUACUGCAGAACAAUUGUAACGAAUGAGUACAUGAAGGAUGAUUUUUUCAUCAAGAUUGAGACAUGGCACAAACCUGACCUCGGAACACUAGAGAAUGUUCACAAAUUGGACAGUUCUACAUGGAAGUCUGUGGAGGUCACACCUAUUGACAUUGCAGACAAAGAACAAGUAGCCCCUGGUGACUACAAGGCAGAUGAGGAUCCAGCUAUUUUUAAAUCAGUCAAGACCGGCAGAGGACCAUUGGGACCCAAUUGGAUGAAAGAACUGGUUAAUAACCCUGACUGCCCACGAAUGUGUGCUUACAAGCUUGUCACGGUCAAGUUUAAAUGGUGGGGCCUGCAGAACAGGGUAGAAAGCUUCAUUCACAAGCAAGAGAAGAGAAUCUUCACCAACUUCCACCGGCAGCUGUUCUGCUGGAUUGAUAAGUGGGUAGAGCUCAACAUGGAGGAUAUCAGAAGGAUGGAAGAGGAGACACAGAAAGAGCUGGAGGAGCUUCGCAAACAAGGUCAAGUGCGAGGAACCAGUGCAGCUGAUGAAUGAGACCAACCACGACCACAACGGCUGAGGAUAAUAAACCUGUCCUCAAGAAGAGAGACAACGUUGUCCUGUCCAACUCAAAGCAAUUCAACCAAUCCCAUUAGAUUUACUCAAUCAUGAGCUCUACAUUUAGAUUUGUUACUGAUAUUUUAGAUAUAAACUUCUCUCCCCCAUGUGCCUUUAUCACAAAUGCUGAAGCACUUUUUUUUGGUCUUGUUCAUUCACUUGAUCAUUUAAAGCAGUUUUCCAGCCGUUUCCCUCAGGGCAGGGCCAGGCCAUACCGUUAACUUCCUCCGCUCUUGUCUUGUCCUGCCUGGGCUUUAUUAAGAGCUGACUUUGGGAACAUCCCAUUUCCAAACACUCUUCGCUCCAAAGAACACAACUGUACAAGCAUAUUUAUACACACAGAUGCGCAAACACUCCCAGGUGCGAAUUCCUGUAUGGUGAUUUCCCCUAAGACGUUUAAGGUUGAAGAUUGCUUUCAGUGCGUUUAAUCGCAUGCUUCUUUUCAAAAUCUGUUGUAACACUGGCCUUUUGGAAUAUUACAGAUAGUGUUCAAAGUGUUCAAAGAUUAUGUUCUAUGCUAAAGAAACUGAUUAACCAAAAAUGAACAUUUUGUCGUUUACUUCAGAGAGGUUGGGAUGACUUAAGAGUGAAUAAAUCUUAAGACUUAAAGUGAAUAAAAAAGUAAAUCUGUAUUACAUGAACGUUAUUAAAGACCCAGUGUUACAGUACAUUUGUCAAGGUACUUUUACACUGUUUUCAAGAUAUGUUCCUCCAUGCUUGUACUGACUUGUCCUGCCUUGUUUUUUUAUUUUUUUCUCUGUGUAUGAAAAGUAUCUUUUACCUCAUUGAAAACUCUUAAACUAGUCAAUUUCCAACUGGCAAAAAAUCAAAUUUUUGUAAUGUAAUGCUGGAUGCAUUUAGAAUACAAAAGCAGUAUUUUUUAAAAAAAUCUAAAAACUGCCUAUAGUUUAACAUCCUAUAAUGAUCUGCCAUACUUUGUGUUUGCAAACUGCAUUUAAAUAUAGUUGAAUAUUGUUAUAAAGAUUAAAUGAGUUCUGAAGGGGCACCUUUUAUAAUGUUACUGUCUAUGCGAUGGUUAUAUUUAAAUUUCGCAAACACAUGCUGUCAAGUAUACCUGCUUGGAUAAUCUUUUUUCUGCUUGUUGAUGUUUUUUUUUUACAUUUCUACUGGUGGGAGAAUAAGCAGUAACCUUUUACUCUCAUUAACUGUAUUUCCUGACUUCAGACAAAUGUGUUAUCAGAGAGAGAGAGAGAGAGAGUGAGAGAGAGAGAGAAAGAAAUAGUAUAUUGGGACUGGUUAUAGACAAUAUCAAAUCAAGUGUUUAGUUCAGAAAUCUACUGUUUAAUGCUUAUAGGAAUUAAAAUGUGAUUCUGAAUGCAUGUGUGUAAAUGCAUCUGAAAUUCAAAAUAGUGAGAAUGUUCUUUUUGUGUGUGUUUAAAGAUAAUGAAAUAUAGUUGAUUAAAUUUCAACAUAAUUUUG